UCUCUUCAAACCAGAACACCAUUUUAUCUUGGCUCAUUGCUUUCACCAUUCUUUAAGCUGUAUUCAUACAUCUUCUCUUGUUCAGUCUUCAUCAUGGUUGUCCUACGCACCCUGGCCGCUCUUGCGGUGACUACAGUGGUUUCUAUGGCCAGCGAGCUCCCCAGAUUCUCGAGAUUUUCCAUUCCAGGCCAUCUCGCCAUGCACUUUGGGGACAAGGUGGUUCCUGGAAACAAGGACGUGACCCUCACCACCCAACCCCCAAAACUGGGCACGUUUGAGCGUCUGUCCGGCUCCUCCUACACUGCCGUCGCCGUUCAACCCUAUGACGUUCUUGUCGAUAGCAUCGACUCCAAUCUCUUGUGGCUUCAAACUGGCCUGAAGCCGUCCGCUUUUCUGACAAAGUUCGAGCCAUCCGAAAGGUGGUUCUUCGAGGUCUAUGAGCUGCUCAAUGAAGCCAACAAGCCAGCCAUCAUGCCGUGGAGUCCGUCGAAUCUGCAGGGUCCAGAGCAGGCUAGCGUUUUCACACUCCUCUUCGAUACCAGCAACAUCAGCCCACAGGAUGAGCUCUAUCUGCAGAACGCAGCACUGAACCCCGAAAGAUUCAAUUUCGUCGACACGAUGGAACAUACCCAGCUUGCAGACAAAGUGGCUGCGGGCGCCCUAUUCCUUGCGACUGCGGCUUCCACCAAGAAACCUUCUUCUGUCGAAAAGACUGCGAAACUACUUGAGCCCCUGCAAUUCACCCAAGGCGCGCAGGUACCCAUGUUUCAUCGCAGAGAUUCUGAGGCUUCUGCACGCCCUCAAGAGCCCGAGGCCAUCGUGACCCCAGCUAUUCAUCUUGCGCAGGACAGAACUACGACUGUAACUACGACUGCAACUACGACUGCAACUACGACUACAACUACGACUGCAAUUCCGACAUCCUACUAUCCCAUGGUCAUGGAGACUGGUAGCCCGGAUUCGCAUUCCUCCGCUUCCCACAACAGGAUGACUGUGUUUGGUCUUGUUUCGGUGGCUGCCAUGCUGUUUGCUCUUUGAUUUGACUCGUGCUUUGGGAGGGGUUCCGGCUGGACGCGGGGGAGGAAGUAAGACGGCUUUGUUGUUG